GUGUUAAAUAAUAUAUAUUAUAAAGAAUAUCUUUUAAACAAUUCCUAUAUUUAACAAAUUUUUCAUAUCCAAAACCUUCUUCUUGUCCUCACCUACCAAUGGCCGCCGAAUCUAUGCUGCUUCAUUCUUCUUAUUCUUCCACCAAACCUCGUUGUUAUUUGAGCAAUCCUGAACCAUGUUGGACCGAAUCCAGGACAACCAACCUCCGGUUUGAGCGUAAAGUGGUGCUUGGAAAGCAGGUCAAAUGGGAGAGCUUGGGGUUAACAUCAAGAAGAGAGUUUUCGAAGAAGGAGAGAGGAGGAGUGGUGAGAUGCACGGCGGAGGGGAUAGAAAGAAGGAUGUUGAUCCCCGGGGAAGCCACCGUGAGGGUACCGGAAAGGUUCAAGGUGGUGGCUUUAAUGGCUUGUGUUAUGUGUUUAUGUAAUGCUGAUAGAGUUGUUAUGUCAGUUGCCAUUGUUCCUCUCGCCGAUAAGCUUGGUUGGUCCAGUUCUUUCCUCGGCAUUGUUCAGUCAUCUUUCCUUUGGGGAUACAUAUUCUCUUCUGUGAUUGGAGGAGCUUUGGUGGACAAGUAUGGAGGCAAACGAGUGAUGGCGUGGGGUGUGGCCUUGUGGUCUUUGGCUACACUUCUCACCCCAUGGGCUGCCAAUCACUCCACCUUUGCUCUCUUGGCCAUUCGUGCCUUCUUUGGUCUAGCUGAAGGCGUUGCCCUUCCCUCCAUGAGCACCAUCUUAUCUAGGUGGUUUCCAGGGCAUGAAAGAGCAAGUGCAGUUGGAUUUUCCAUGGCUGGAUUUCAUCUUGGAAACGUUGUGGGCUUAAUUCUGACACCAAUCAUGUUGUCUACCAUUGGAAUUGCUGCGCCUUUCAUUCUCUUUUCAUCUCUUGGGUUGCUAUGGUUGUCAUCAUGGGUUUAUAAAGUUACAAGUGAUCCCAGAGAAAGUCCUUUUAUCACCAAAUCUGAGCUAACAUCAAUCCAGGCUGGUAAAACUGAUCCUCCCACAACUACAGCUGAGUUUCCACCUAUAGGCCUCCUCCUAUCAAAGUUACCCACAUGGGCAAUCAUAUUCGCUAAUGUAACCAACAAUUGGGGAUACUUUGUUCUUCUCUCAUGGAUGCCAGUUUAUUUCAAGACUGUGUUUAAUGUGAACUUGAAACAAGCAGCUUGGUUUAGUGCGGUUCCAUGGGGUACAAUGGCUGUUUCAGGUUACAUUGCAGGAGCGAUAUCGGAUUCUCUAGUCAAGGCAGGCUACUCUAUAACAUCCGUUCGGAAGAUCAUGCAGUCUAUAGGCUUCAUCGGCCCUGGAGUGUCCCUGCUCUGCCUGAAUUUUGCAAAGUCACCUGAAAUGGCUGCUGUAUGUAUCACCGCAGCCCUGAGCUUGAGUUCUUUUAGCCAAGCUGGUUUUCUUCUCAAUAUGCAAGAUAUUGCACCUCAAUAUGCAGGAUUUCUCCAUGGCAUAGCAAAUUCAGCAGGGACAUUGGCAGCCAUAAUCAGCACCAUAGGAACCGGCUAUUUUGUACAGUGGUUAGGAUCUUUCCAAGCAUUCCUCAGUUUAACAGCUUGCCUGUAUUUCAUUACAACCAUUUUCUGGAACCUCUUUGCAACUGGGGAGCGAGUUUUCUAGUGUUGUCAACGAACAUAAAUCAUCAGAAAAAACAGGGCUCGUGCUUGGGAACUGAAGUUCAACAUUCAAGAUUUUGGGGGUGUAAUCUUUUUAGGCAUGAUUUCAUGAUUGAAAUAGUAAUUAGUAAGUAUAUUUAGCGAAUAACAUAUAUAUCUCCACUUCAUUCUUUGUGUUUGCUUGUGGCAAAAAUGCCUCAUGUUGUUUCGCAUUUUACAUCUUUUCUUUGCCAAGAAAUCUCUUCAAAUCUUAGAAGAGUGAAUAAAAAUAUUUGCUAGAGUUUAUUUUUCCA